AUGCACAUAUCAUUCUUUAAUGCGAGGAGGACCUUUCGCAGCUACAAUACCAUUGUUCCCUUCCCUUCCUUAAGUACUAGAAGAUGCAUUGCCAAUUUUUCGUCUCGUUUCACUCUGUCAUCAUCUGCUCGCAAUAAUGUCAUUUAUUUCAGACCUCAACUUUUUCAUCGAGGAAAGAAAACGAAAUCUACUUUUAAUUUCAAUGAUCUUCCUCAUGGUCUAGAUUUGAGGCCCUUGGAACCUUUGGAUUUGGAGCAAUCACUUAUUAAGGAUAAAUCUCCAGAAAGAGUUUCCUUGGAAUUUUUUGAAGAUGUCCAGGAUUUACUUCAAGAGACAGUGCCAGCCACAGCUGAAUCUGAAGAACGGCGACUUUCCGCAACUUCAGACUCUGUUGAAGAUGACACAAAGAAAGUAAAGCCAUCAAGGAGAACCAGGCGCAUAGAGGGUUUGCCCCAAGGUUUGAUUAUUCUUGACCCCGAAUCCUCAGAGAUACAAGAAUCGCAAGUUACUCCAUCUUCGUCAACAGGUGAGAAAAGUUCCAAAAAAGCCAAGACAUCAGGUGAAGUAGAACUUCCCCAAGGACUACUUCCGCUGGAGCCAUUGGAAAUUGAGGAAGAACCACCACCAUAUCCAACCGUGAUCAUGCAGGCCAGGAACAAUAUGCUCAAGUUUGAGAACUGUGUGGUUAUAACACGUGUUGGAGGGUUCUACGAAUUAUAUUUUGAGCAUGCCGAUGAAUUUGGCCCGCUUCUUGGUCUUAAGGUUUCCCACAAGAAAACAAACGCUGGACCUGUGUCGAUGGCUGGGUUUCCUUUUCAUCAACUGGAUCGUUAUUUGAAGAUACUUGUUCAAGAUUUAAAUCGAUAUGUUGCUAUAUCGGAAGAAUUUCCAAAUGAUAUUUCGGACAAGGUAAAAUCUGGAGGGCUGAUGCAUGAUCGAAGGGUCUCACGUGUUGUUACACCUGGUACUCUCAUUGAUGAAGGUUUCAUGGACCCUCUUUCGAACAACUAUGUACUGGCAAUACACAUACAGCACGGUGAUACAAUUGAUGCUAUUGAAUAUGAGAGGUAUCAUAAAUCAAUCGGUUUGGCUUGGCUGGAUCUAUCAACUGGUCAUUUCUUCACCCAAAAGUCAUCGCUUUCACAACUUCCUUCCUUCCUGGCCCGUAUAGCUCCACGCGAAAUUGUAUUGAAUGAAGAGAUGCAAUCUAUGAAAAGUCACGAAAUAUUUACCAUUCUGACCGACGAACACCAUAUGAUCACUUACGCAACGCUUUCAGGGGUGAAACCUAUAUCCGAGUGGACCCCCAUGCUAGAAUCGGCAGUUUCACCAUCCUCGAUAGACACCUUCACGGAGGAAGAGAUAUCGGCUGGCAGUUGCUUACUUCAUUAUGUUGAAACAAGAUUACAAAGUACGAACAUGAAACUUCAACCUCCUGCACGCCAGUUGAAUGUUAUGGGAAUCGAUAAGAAUACUAUGAGAGCUCUAGAGAUCAAGAAGACCAUCAAGGAAGACGUCUUCAGUGGUAGUUUAUUGCACACAAUCCGACGUACAGUCACAAAAGGAGGUGCAAGACUGUUGGAGAAUUGGCUCGCAUCACCUUCGACAUCUCUGGAUGUGAUAAACUCUCGGCUCGAUCUCGUGACAUACAUGCUUGAAAAUGAGAAUCUUCGAGACCGAGUAACCACUCUCCUGAAACGCAGCCAUGAUUCCCAUCGUCUGCUGCAAAAGUUUGCGUUUGGCAGAGGAGAUGGCGAUGAUCUUUUAGAUUUAGCUAGCACAAUACAUGCUACUCGAGAUUUGGCAUUCGCACUCGAAGUUCAUAAUGCGACGCCCAAGCCUUGCAUACAAGAACUACUUACUCGUAUCCACCUCAAAGACCCAAUGGAACUCGCCCAAGCAAUUACAGAAGCCAUUGACGAAGAAGGUCUAGUUCAGCAACAUCGUAUUGAAGAAGGUGAGAGUGGAGAGAUGCAAGCAUUGGCCGAAGCAAUCGUCGCCUCGGAAGGAAACACAGAAGAAACAUCCAUCCUUCGGAAGAGCAACCGCAAGAAACCUACCAGCCUUCGCGAAUAUUACAACCAGGAGAGUGAAGCCUGGAUCAUGAAACCAAGCGCCACGCCAACCCUCAAACGUCUCCACACAGAACUAUCUUCUCUAGCAAAUCAAAAGACCGCCCUGGCAGCUUCUCUCUGCGACCGUCUCGGCGCAACAAGUCUCACCCUUCGCUUCACUCCCGGCCUCGGUCACAUCUGCCACGUUAAAGGAAGAGAUAUAAGUCUGGACAUGCCCGAAGCCCGCACCAUCAGCUCAAGCAAAAGUACCCGUUCUCUUCACCAUCCCGAAUGGUCAUUCCUGGGUCAAGAAAUCGAUCAAUGUCGCAUCCACAUUCGAGCCGAAGAACAGCGAUUGUUUUACAAACUUCGCGAACUGGCUAUUACCAAUCUCGUGAAACUUCGACGUAAUGCGGCUGUACUGGAUGAAAUUGAUAUCGCAUGUUCAUUUGCUACAUUGGCGAAUGGAAGAGGUUGGACUCGUCCUAUCCUCAAUACGAGUUCUGCGCACAAAAUUAUUGGCGGGAGACACCCUACUGUUGAGACUGGAUUAGAGGAAGAAGGUCGAAGUUUUAUUUCCAAUGAUUGUCUGGUGGGAGACGUUCAUAAAGCAUGGUUAGUCACAGGGCCAAAUAUGGCUGGAAAAAGUACCUUUCUGCGUCAAAAUGCAUUGAUUACGGUUCUUGCACAAGUCGGAUCAUAUGUACCUGCUGAAUAUGCAGAGUUGGGGAUUGUAGAUCAUAUUUUCAGUCGUGUUGGGUCGGCAGAUAAUCUCUACCGAGAUCAAUCGACAUUCAUGGUGGAGAUGUUGGAGAGUGCGACGAUCCUCAAAAAUGCGACUUCACGAUCAUUCGUCAUCAUGGACGAAAUUGGUAGAGGAACAACACCAACUGACGGUGUGGCCGUAGCCUUUGCAUGUUUGCAUCAUCUUUACCAUGUGAAUAAAUGCAGGGCUUUAUUUGCGACACAUUUCCACGCAUUGGUGGAUUUGAUAGAAAAGAACAACAUGGACGCGGUGGGCUUUUAUUGUACGGAUGUGGAAGAGGAUGGGAACACAGAUGGAGCAUUUAGGUAUAGGUAUAGAUUGAAGGAGGGUAUCAACAGACAGAGUCACGCUCUCAAGGUUGCUAAAUUGGCUGGACUGCCGAGGGAAGCCAUUGAGGUUGCUAGGCAGAUAUUGGAAAAUGAUGUAAAUCCUGAAUAG